UACAAACGUGACGUCUAACCUCAAAAAAACCCUUGCUUGAAUUUAACUUACUGUAUUUUUAUUUUACCUCAAAUACAUACAAUAUUAAGCUGAUUUACCUUUUAAGAUACGUAGGCAUAUUUAUUGUGUGCUUUAGUCCAAUAGGUAAAUGGAAGACACGAUCUCUAAUACUGAAAAAAGACCUCAAUUUGGAAACAGACUCUUAGAAAAUGCUGAGGAAGUCUUCAAACAUAAUGCGUGGGAUAAUGUUCAAUGGGAUGAAGAACAGGAGAAAGCGGCCAAAGAAAAAGUUCAGUUGAAUUCUCAAACAACAUUCACAGAAGACACACUAAAAGAUUUAGAUACAAAUGCAGAUAAGCAUUGGGAUUCAUUUUACGACAUUCAUCAAAACAGAUUUUUCAAAGAUCGACAUUGGUUAUUCACGGAGUUUCCUGAGUUAGCACCUGAUAAUACCUCUGCCCCACUCAGGGUCUACCCAAAUAAUGAUGAAACUGUGAAGUCAAUAAAACCAGAAGUCGGAAAUCAAGCAAGUAAUGUGAAACGUUACAUAUUUGAAAUCGGUUGUGGUGUUGGAAAUACUAUCUUUCCUAUAUUACAAUACAGUAGAGACCCCAACCUUUUCAUUUAUGGGUGCGACUUUUCGACAAAAGCUAUUGAGAUUAUUAGAGAAAAUGAAUUAUAUGACACAAGUAGAUGUUGUGUGUUUGUGUUGGAUGCAACAAAAUCAGAAUGGGAUGUACCCUUUGAAAAAGAUUCCUUGGACAUAAUUGUUCUAAUAUUUGUUUUAUCAGCCAUUGACCCUACAAAAAUGAAACUCGUCAUUGAUAACAUCUACAGAUACUUAAAGCCUGGUGGUUUAGUUGUAUUUCGAGAUUAUGGCCGUUAUGAUCUCGCCCAACUCAGAUUUAAGAAAGGCCGUUGCAUAUCAGACAAUUUUUAUGCCCGUGGAGAUAAAACAAAAGUAUAUUUCUUCACUCAAGAGGAAGUUUCGAGUCUGUUCAAGGAAGCUGGUUUUCUAGAAGAACAGAAUUUAGUAGAUAGAAGAUUACAAGUAAACAGAGGAAAAAUGUUGACAAUGUAUAGGGUAUGGAUCCAAGGAAAAUAUAGAAAACCAUUAUAGCAUUACUUAAUGUGUUAAUGAUUUCAAUCAAUCACAUAUUUUUGGGAUAAGACUGGAACUAUGUUUAUUAUAAAAUUUUUCAAAGCUAUUUAUAUCUGCCCGUGACUCUCAGGUCAGCACGGGCUUUGCAAUAUUCAAUCUCAUGGAACCCUGUCAAAUUUUGUGAAAACCAGGGCAUUCAAACUUGAUACCAUAGUGAUUGUUAAAUAUCAAUCGCAAAACACGCUUACCAAGCUGUCAAAUUUGAUGACUUAUGGAAAACAAAAAAGAUACAUACACUCUUCAUGAAUUAAUCAUUAAAAUUGGGUAACUAUAAGUAAGCGACCCGAAAUAAAAUCCGUCAUAAAAAAAAUUUGUGCAAUUUAUUGAAACAAAUUUUCAUAAGUUAUUAUUUUUAUUAUUGUUGGUAUUAAUUAUCUAUAAAGUAUUUAGUCAUCAUUUAGCUGGCACCAAUUUGAAAUGAUAUGGCUUUUUAAAGCUAUUUAUAACUUUCGUCGAAACUUUCAAUGGGGGGCCAGUCCAUUGUACUUCAACUUUAUCUAAUAACCUUUUAACUAAUGUUUCGAUUUCCAGUUCAGCAAUUCUUCUCCCAAUGCAUGAUCUCACACCAAAACCAAAGGGUAAUGUAACCAUAGGAUGAGCAUUUCCAUAAUGAAUUGGAUCAGUUUUCUCAACCAACCACCUUUCUGGAACGAAUUCCUUAGCUCGAGGAUAGAACUUCUCCAAUUUUGAUAAAUAUUCAUUUGGUGCUAUUGCAAACGUCUGUAAUUAAAAUUAUUAAAUCUAAGCUCUGCAAGUGACUGUAUAAAUGAAACAAUUUCAAGUAUAUUCAUACUUACUCCAGCGGGGAUUUGGUAUCCACCUAUAACAUAAUCUUUGGAUGUUUCUCUUAAAUUUGCUGACAGUACAGGUAACAGUCUUAAAGAUUCCUUCACACAUGCUUUAAGAUAUUUAGUGCUUGUCUGUGCACGGAUCUCUUGUCUCAAUUUAUCUUGCGCUUCCUUAUUGAUUGCCAAGUUAUACAAAAGACCCGUGACGGCAUAGGCUACCUGAAAAAUAUAGAUAAAUCAGUUUUUCAUUCCGGUAUGUAUGAUCCAGUGGACGGUCCACACUCACUGUAUCUAUUCCAGCAAAAAGCAUCUCAUUGGCCAUCAUCACUGCCACCUUCUCGUCAAUGGCCAGAAGUUUCUCUAAAACGCUCUGAUCUUCUUCCGGUGUAGCCUGGCCCUUUUCAUUGAUUGAUCUUUUAGCAUCCUCGAUAUAUUUUUCACUGACUCUAAAAAUAAUACAUGCUUCAUGAAGCUACAUCUCAUGGUGAGAAAGGUUAGUUUUUUGAGCAAGUACGCAA